AUGGGCAACCGUGGCAUGGAGGAUCUCAUCCCGCUGGUCAACCGGCUGCAGGAUGCCUUCUCAGCCAUCGGCCAGAACGCGGACCUCGACCUGCCGCAGAUCGCCGUGGUGGGCGGCCAGAGCGCUGGCAAGAGCUCGGUGCUCGAGAAUUUCGUAGGCAGGGACUUCUUGCCCCGAGGAUCUGGCAUUGUCACGCGACGCCCCCUGGUCCUGCAGCUGGUCAAUGCUACUACAGAAUAUGCCGAGUUUCUGCACUGCAAGGGGAAGAAAUUCACUGACUUCGAAGAGGUGCGCCUGGAGAUUGAGGCUGAGACCGACCGGGUGACCGGUACUAACAAGGGCAUCUCUCCAGUGCCCAUCAACCUCCGCGUCUACUCGCCGCACGUGCUGAACCUGACCCUAGUGGACUUGCCUGGAAUGACCAAGGUCCCGGUGGGGGACCAACCUCCCGACAUCGAGUUCCAGAUCCGGGACAUGCUUAUGCAGUUCGUCACCAAGGAGAACUGCCUCAUCUUGGCCGUGUCCCCGGCCAACUCCGACCUGGCCAACUCUGAUGCCCUCAAGGUCGCCAAGGAGGUGGACCCCCAGGGUCAGCGCACCAUUGGGGUCAUCACUAAGCUGGACCUGAUGGACGAGGGCACAGAUGCCCGCGAUGUAUUGGAGAACAAGCUGCUCCCGCUGCGCAGAGGCUACAUUGGAGUCGUGAACCGAAGCCAGAAGGACAUCGAUGGUAAGAAAGAUAUCACAGCUGCCUUGGCUGCUGAACGCAAGUUCUUCCUCUCCCACCCUUCCUACCGCCACUUGGCUGACCGCAUGGGCACGCCCUACCUGCAGAAGGUCCUCAACCAGCAACUGACAAACCACAUCCGGGACACGCUGCCAGGGCUGCGAAACAAACUCCAGAGCCAGCUGCUGUCCAUCGAGAAGGAGGUGGAGGAGUACAAAAACUUCCGCCCUGAUGACCCAGCGCGCAAGACCAAGGCUCUGCUGCAGAUGGUCCAGCAGUUCGCUGUAGACUUUGAGAAGCGCAUCGAAGGCUCAGGGGACCAGAUCGACACCUAUGAACUGUCAGGGGGAGCCCGCAUCAACCGGAUCUUCCAUGAGCGCUUCCCUUUCGAGUUGGUCAAGAUGGAGUUUGACGAGAAGGAACUCCGAAGGGAGAUCAGCUAUGCCAUCAAGAAUAUCCAUGGCAUUAGAACCGGGCUCUUUACCCCAGACAUGGCCUUUGAGACCAUUGUGAAAAAGCAGGUGAAGAAGAUCCGAGAACCUUGUCUCAAGUGUGUGGACAUGGUUAUCUCGGAGCUAAUCAGCACCGUUAGACAGUGCACCAAGAAGCUCCAGCAGUACCCCCGGCUGCGGGAGGAGAUGGAGCGCAUUGUGACCACCCACAUCCGGGAGCGCGAGGGUCGCACCAAGGAGCAGGUCAUGCUCCUCAUCGAUAUUGAGCUGGCUUACAUGAAUACGAACCAUGAGGACUUCAUAGGCUUUGCCAAUGCUCAGCAGAGAAGCAACCAGAUGAACAAGAAGAAGGCUUCAGGGAACCAGGAUGAGAUUCUGGUCAUCCGGAAGGGCUGGCUAACCAUCAACAACAUCGGCAUCAUGAAGGGAGGCUCCAAGGAGUAUUGGUUUGUGCUGACUGCCGAGAAUCUGUCCUGGUACAAGGAUGACGAGGAGAAAGAGAAGAAGUACAUGCUGUCCGUGGAUAACCUGAAGUUGCGGGACGUGGAGAAGGGCUUCAUGUCCAGCAAGCACAUCUUUGCCCUCUUCAACACGGAGCAGAGGAAUGUCUACAAGGAUUAUCGGCAGCUGGAGCUGGCCUGCGAGACACAGGAGGAGGUGGAUAGCUGGAAGGCCUCCUUUCUAAGGGCUGGCGUGUACCCUGAGCGUGUUGGGGACAAAGAGAAAGCCAGUGAGACGGAGGAGAAUGGCUCGGACAGCUUCAUGCACUCCAUGGACCCACAGCUGGAGCGGCAGGUGGAGACCAUCCGGAACUUGGUGGAUUCAUACAUGGCCAUCGUCAACAAGACUGUCCGGGACCUCAUGCCCAAGACGAUCAUGCAUCUCAUGAUCAACAACACCAAGGAAUUCAUCUUCUCGGAGCUGCUGGCCAACCUGUAUUCGUGCGGGGACCAGAACACACUGAUGGAGGAGUCGGCCGAGCAGGCACAGCGGCGUGACGAGAUGCUGCGCAUGUACCACGCACUGAAAGAGGCGCUCAGCAUCAUAGGCGACAUCAACACGACCACUGUCAGCACGCCCAUGCCCCCGCCUGUGGACGACUCCUGGCUGCAGGUGCAGAGCGUACCGACCGGACGCAGGUCACCCACGUCCAGCCCCACGCCUCAGCGCCGAGCCCCUGCCGUGCCCCCAGCCCGGCCCGGGUCGCGGGGCCCUGCUCCUGGGCCUCCGCCUGCUGGGUCCGCCCUGGGGGGAGCGCCCCCCGUGCCCUCCAGGCCGGGGGCUUCCCCUGACCCCUUCGGUCCUCCCCCUCAGGUGCCCUCGCGCCCAAACCGCGCCCCGCCCGGGGUCCCCAGCCGAUCGGGUCAGGCAAGUCCAUCCCGUCCUGAGAGCCCCAGGCCCCCCUUCGACCUCUAACCAGAUCCCUCCUAUUCCUCGGAGACCUCCCUUUCCAAGCCUGCCCGGACGGCUGUUCUGUGACUUGACGGUGGCUUCCCAGCCCCAGAGCCUCCCCUCCACCUGUGACUUAGUCUGUUGUAGUGGUGAGCUGACACAUGCAGGCGUGACGUUGGUGAAAUUUUGUGCCCCUCUGUGGUCUUGCUCCUGCCCUGUUCUAUAAAUAUCUAUAAAUACUCAUAUAUAUACAUAUACAAACAUAUCUAUUGCCAAGGCUCGGCUCUGGUGUCAGGAAUCAAUCACCGUGCUGUCCUUGAGGAGUCUUGCAGCCCAACUACAAGGGAACACCUGUCACCCUGACAUCCCCCUCCAAAGCGUGCCACCUCCAGUGAGCCCCACUGUCAUGCCCAGCCUGUGGCCAGCCCGCCCCCUCUAUCAUCCUCCCGUCCCAACCCCCUCCUUGAGCGUGGGGGUACUGUGCUGGCAGCUGUGUGGUUCUGACUGCUAUCAGU